AUGUCGUCUUCUGCCCAAAUCUUGCCUGCUGGCGCUGGCUAUGGAGUUGUUAUUGGAGCCGGUUUCUUCUUUGCGUUUGUGAUGAUGGGAAUCUCCCAUCUCCAGAACAAAUACACCCGGUUCAAUACCAAGACCAGCGAGGAGUUUAACACUGCUUCUCGAAGCAUUAAGCCAGGUUUGAUAGCCAGUGGCAUUGUGUCGGCGUGGACAUGGGCUGCAACUUUGUUACAAAGCGCUACUGUGGCAUAUCAGUAUGGUGUUGCUGGACCUUUUUGGUAUGCUGCUGGAGCCACGGUUCAGAUCUUCAUGUUCGCCAUUCUUGCUUGUAAAGUCAAGAUGAAUGCACCUCGCGCUCACACAUACCUCGAGAUUAUCCAGACUCGCUAUGGACGGGCCACUCACCUCGUUUUUCUGUUCUUCGCCCUUGUCACCAACAUCUUGGUCGGCUCACAACUGCUCCUGGGUGGCUCGGCCGUUGUGACCAGUCUGACUGGCAUGAACGUCUAUGCGGCUAUUUUCCUGAUUCCCGUCGGAGUAUGCGCCUACGUCGUCCUUGGUGGUCUGAGAGCAACCUUCCUCUGCGACUACAGUCACACAUUGAUCUUGAUGAUCAUUAUCCUCUACUUCAUGUUCAACGCAUACGCCACCAACGACCUCAUCGGUUCACCAGGAGAGAUGUUCGAACUACUCAAGAAGGCAGCCGUGCAGAGACCAGUCGAAGGCAACAUUCAUGGUUCUUACAUGACACUCAAGUCCAACUAUGCCUUAAUCUUUGGUGUGAUCCAACUUUGCUCUGGUUGUGGUACUGUCUUUCUCGACCAGGCCUACUGGCAGCGUGCCAUUGCUUCCCGACCCACAACUGCUGUAAAAGCAUACAUUCUGGGAGGCAUUGCCUGGUUCGCUAUUCCUUUCGGUUUCGCUACUACUUUGGGUCUUUGCGCCGUGGCACUUACCGACAACCCUCGUUUCCCAACCUACCCUAAUUUACCUACCAGCAGCGAUAUUUCCGCCGGUCUUGCAGCAGCAUAUUCAGCUCAAGCAUUGCUAGGUAAAGGUGGCGCUGUGGCUCUUCUCAUCGUCCUUUUCAUGGCAGUCACAUCAUGUGCCUCGGCCGAGCUGAUCGCUGUUUCCUCGCUGUUGACUUUCGACGUCUACCAACGUUACAUCCGCCCAACUGCCUCUCCUUCGUCCUUGAUUUUCGUCUCUCACAUCAUGAUCUGCGUGUUCGGCCUGACCAUGGCUGUCUUCGCUUGUAUCUGGAAUGCUGCUGGUGUUGAUCUCGGCUGGCUGUUCUUGGUCAUGGGACUUUUGAUCGGUGGUGCAGUCUUCCCUGCUGCCUUCGCCAUUACCUGGAGAGGGCAAACUGCCGCUGGCGCAAUCACUGGUGCUGUUGGUGGCCUGGUUGUCGGUAUUGCUGCCUGGCUUGCCGUUGCCAAAGUAUACUUUGGCGAGAUUACCAUUUCUUCUACUGGAACCGAGUAUGCCACAUUGGCAGGUAAUCUUGGAGCUGUGGCAUCUGGUCUCAUCCUCACUGUUGCGGUUUCUCUUAUCAAGCCACAGAACUUCGACUGGGCCAUUACUCGCAGUAUCAAUGCUGAGGCUGUAAUGGUAGUCGAGUCACAACCUGAGCAAAGGCAAGAAGGAAAACACGAUGCCGAGACCGCAGUAAUAGAGCCCAGUGAUGAUGAAAAGGCACCAGCACCCGAGAAAGAUACCUCUUCCACACCCUCACUUUCCGAGCCAGUACCUCAAUCUCACCCAAGCACCGCCAUCGCCGAACACGAAGACGCCGAACGCGCUGCCGACCGCCUCAUCGAAGAAUCUCCCAACUCCCUUCGCGGCGCUUUCAAACUCGCUUGUAUCGCUUCCUUUGUCCUGACCUUCAUCAUGGACUUUUUGAUUCCCAUGCCCAUGUUCUUCAGCCACUAUGUCUUUUCCAAAGGCUUCUUUACUGGUUGGGUUAUCAUUAGCUUUAUCUGGGUGUUUGUCAGUACGGCUAUCUCCGUUGUGUUGCCUGUUGUUGAGACGGCUGGGUUCUUGAAGCAGUUUGCCAGGGAUGUGUUUGGCGGGAAGAAGGGCAAGGCUUGA